AUGUACAGCUUCCUACUUUCUCCUAUUGCGCUCAUUGGCAUUACUAUUGCUCUGCCGCAACCGUAUACUUCCAACACCACCAACAAUGCUAUUCGCCACAGAAGGGCCACAACAGCACAUCCUAUCAUGGGUGGGCAGAAUUUUCCAGACCCUGGCAUCAUUCGUGUAGCAGACGGCUGGCACGCCUUCUCAACAAACGCACUGUACAACGGCACACCGAUACACGUACAGAUUGCUCAUACUCCCGACUUCAUGACUUGGACGUUGCGCGCCAGCGUCGACGCUAUGCCGAAGCUGGCCCCGUGGGUGGACACUCUAAACCCUCGAGUCUGGGCUCCAGAUGUUGUACAGCUCGCUGAUGGCUCAUUCAUGAUGUACUACACCGCUGCAUACGUAAGAAACACGAAACUCCACUGCGUGAGCUUUGCGACCUCAAAGAACGUCGACGGCCCGUAUGUUGAUGCCAAGGUCGAGCCAUGGACUUGUCCAGUAGCGCAAGGCGGUGCGAUCGAUCCCUCUGGCUACCUCAAUGCGGACGGCACUCGCUGGGUUGUCUACAAGAUUGACGGCAAUGCGAUUGGACACGGCGGAUCUUGUGGAAACACUGUCAGGCCGAUCGUGCAAACCCCAAUCAUGCUGCAGCAAGUUGCAGCAGAUGGCCACAGCAAGAUCGGCAACCCUAUACAGCUCAUAAGCAACGAUUUGGACGACGGCCCUGUUGUCGAAGCGCCAGCGCUUGCGUACCUCGACGGCAAGUACGUCCUCUUUUUCUCCUCCAACUGCUUCGCCACAAGUCUAUACGACGUGAGCUACGCCAUCGCUUCAGACAUUCGUGGACCGUACCGCAAAGGAGGGCCACUGUACGUCACCGGGAAUAUGGGAAUGUAUGCCCCGGGCGGGCUGGACGUGGCUCUCAACGGCAAUCGUGCGAUCUGGCAUGGGAAUGUUGCUGGCGGCCGGGCCGCAUUUACGGGCAUCGCUUCGUUAGAUGGUAAUGUCAUCUCAAUGACUAGCGUGUCUUGA